AUGGGUCACACUCAUGAAGGUCAGUGAAUUCAAGUGUCGUACCAUGAUAGGCUGCCACCUGUGCAAUAAGUCCAUCUGUGAAAUUUCCUUGCUACUAAAUAUUCCACAGUCAACUAUUAGUGGUAUUAUAACAAAGUGGAAGCAACUGGCAACAAGAGCAACUCAGCCGCCAAGUGAACACAUUUGGGAUGAAUUAGAGCAGAGACUGUGAGCCAGGCCUUCUCAGUUCCAGUGAAGAGAACUCUUAAGGCAUCAGCAUAGGAAGACAUUUUGGACAAUUUCAUGCUCCCAACCUUGUGGGAACAGUUUGGGGAUGGCUCCUUC